UGGGCAGCGUCGUCGUCCACUGACGAAGAAGCGCGGAAGGAUGCGAAGGAUGCGAAGCUCGCGACGAGAAAUGCUUGACUGGUGAGCAGGAGCAGGAGCAGGAGCGAGCAGCGAGCGCAAUUCGAAGAUGCAGGGGAUUCUGGUCCAACUGCCGCACCAUCGAGGAGUGGCGGCAGGAGCGAUGGUGCGGCGACCGGUCGGGUUCAUGCGGCUGCCCCUACCGUCGGUGCUGCCAUUGCGCCCCGCUGCAAUUUCUCUGCCCUUGUCUCCUCGUUGCGCCUCGUCCUCGUCCUCGUCGCCUGCCGAAGACUCUGCGGCACCCGCCUCCCCUCCCGUCGACAAGCGUCCGUCCCCAUGGUUGUUCGUCGGCCUCGGGAACCCUGGAACCAAGUACCAGGGUACCCGUCACAAUGUCGGGUUUGACAUGAUCGACGCAAUUGCACAAGCCGAAGGGAUUUCCUUAUCCACAAUUCAGUUCAAAGCUUUAGUAGGAAAAGGGCAGAUUGGAGGCUCGCCAGUGCUGCUUGCGAAACCACAAACAUACAUGAAUUUGAGCGGUGAAUCGGUAAAACCUCUGGCGUCAUACUACAAAAUCCCAGCUGAGCGUGUUUUCACGAUAUAUGACGACCUUGACUUGGAGUUUGCAGUCAUGAGACUAUUGCCCAAGGGUGGGCACGGCGGGCACAACGGGAUGAGGAGUAUAAUUCAGCAUCUUAACUCGAGAGAUACCGCACGCCUGCGGAUAGGUAUCGGCAGGCCUCCAGGGCAGAUGGAUACUCAAGCCUACGUACUACAAAAGUUUAGUGCUAGCGAAAGGCAGGAGCUCGAUUUCGCCUUGGAUCGUGGAGUAGAAGCGAUUCGACUUGUCACAUCUGAAGGUCUAGACAAAGCUGUGAGCACCUGGAAUCAGGUGCGGAAGAGCAAAUUGUCGAAGAUGAGAUACUCGAAUAUUGAGGCAAACUAGUUUGUUCCUCGUUUAAAGGGAAAAUUAAGUUCAUAGAUGUAGGAGCUCAUCAAAGUUGAUGAUUAUGUACUAUACACAGUAGAUGCUAUUUAUGGAAGAUCAGUGAUCUUGUCAAGGGUAAAACCAAUAUUGCAUCGAUGCUCUUAAUUAUGGAGCCGCACUGCCGACCAUAUUGAUGUAACCCCAGACUUGUUGCUCCAUGGCCUAUUCUUGUGAUACUUUCAUUUGCAAUUCUUGCACUCGCUGUAGCGAGGCGCUUCCCUAGCUCUUUCUACCCAGGUUUCUAUUCGCCCUGAUAACUAGAUAAUGUUUCACACAUAUUUUUGAUGCCCUUUCAGCUCAGUUGCAGCUCGUUCUUCUUACUGGACUGGAUUAACUUUUGUAAAUUUGCA